GCAGCUCCGAGCGGUUUCAUUGACAAACAUCCCGGCUGCUGCAUUUCUGUCACGGACGUUGUCGAGGAGCGGAGCAUCGCCGGGGGGAGCGGUGCAGAGCAGCAGCAGAGGAGGAGGAAGAAGCAGCUGCAGUCUUCAUCAACAACAACCGCCGGUGUGAGUCGCACCAGCUCAUACACACUAAGCUGUUGAUUCGCCACUUUGGACCCGGACUGGCCCCUCACGCACGCCCUCCUCCUCCCCCAGGCACCCUCUCGGGCACUGUCAGAAGAAGAAGCACCUGAGCUGGGAUCCACAGCCUCUGUCACUCAGAGCCCUCGGGGGAUGUGAGGCGGCGUCGUUAACGCGCACUCACUGGAUCAUCACUGGAUUUGUUUCAUCCACUUCCAUGACGCGCCAGGACGCACCGAUGGAGGAUUCUGGACGCUUUUUAAAAACAUGGACAUCUGCGGGACUGCAGCGGCCGGUGUGUGAUGCGAACUGAGCCGUGGGUGGUGUAGACCCCCUCCCAGCACCACACACACCCCCACCGCCUUAUCAGAGAACUCUUCCUCCGAGCGGGACGCACAGCCUGGUUUCACUCCACCGGGGGAACAUGUCCCGGGCAGCGGCUAUAGCCAGCUCCCUGAUCCGCCAGAAGCGGCAGGCGAGGGAGCGGGAGAAGGCGAACGCAUGUCGCGGCAGCGGCAGCCCGAGCAAUAGCAAAGGCGCAAAUGAGAAGCCGAGCAAGCUGAAUGUGUUCUCGCGUGUCAAACUGUUUGGAUCGAGGAAGAAACGGAAGAGAAGGCGACCACCAGAGCCCCAGUUAAAGGGCAUUGUGACCAGGCUUUCCAGUCGUCAGGGCUUCCAGCUGCAGAUGCAGCCCGAUGGCACCAUUGAUGGAACCAAGGAUGAGGACAGCACAUAUGCUGUGUUCAACCUGAUUCCGGUGGGGCUUCGUGUGGUGGCAAUCCAGGGCGUCCAGACCAAACUCUACCUGGCAAUGAACAACGAAGGCUUUCUCUACACCUCUGAGCAUUUUACCCCGGAGUGUAAGUUCAAGGAGUCCGUGUUCGAGAAUUACUACGUCACCUACUCCUCCAUGCUGUACCGGCAGCAGGCCUCAGGCCGGGCCUGGUACCUGGGACUGAACAAGGAGGGCGGAAUCAUGAAGGGGAACCACGUGAAGAAGAACAAGGCUGCCGCACACUUCAUACCGAAACCGCUCAAAGUGGCCAUGUACAGGGAGCCCUCCCUCCAUGACCUGACAGAACUCUCACGGUCCGGCAGCGGCACACCGACCAAGAGUCGAAGCGCUUCGGCCCUACUUAACGGAGGAGGGAAAUCCCCCAGCAACAAUGACUUAUCCUAGCCCCACACCCCUCACACACACACACACACACACACGCAUAUACACACAGACACAUGCACACACACAAAUCUCAGGCGGAGGGAAGACGCCCAGCAACAAUACCUUAUUCUAGCCCCCUCAUCCCCCACACAGUCACACACAUACACAUGAAUACACCUCCAAGCACACACACACACACAUGCAGACACACACAGAUCUCAGGCCGACAUGCCCACACAUCAGGCAGGUGAGGGUCAGGAGACGGGGCAAAUGGAGGAGGACAGGAUUGUGUUCUUCCACUUCACGGAGCCCACUGUGACUGACUGUGAUGUAAAUAAAUCAAGGACAAUCAAGCCGUCUGACUCUGCUGCUCUGGUCUGCAGACGGACAGGACCUGUGAAUCUCUUCCCUCGACGACUCCUCCCGUAAGGCACCCAGACAGAACGAGGGAGGGAGAGGAGGAGGGAUGGAGAGACUCAGUCAGUCAGUCAGUCAGUCACACAGUCCUAUGAACAGACUGUUACAGAGAACCAAAGAGUCCAAGUAUUAGCUAACAAAGUUAUCGCUAUUAAAUAAGGCAAGUGACAAGAAAGAGCAACAAAGGGGAGGAGGAAGGUCUUUAUCUACUCUACCAUACGCUAUGUUUACACAGAGUUCAUGGGGUUAAGUCAUAUUUUUAAAAAUGGCGAUCGUAUUCCUCGUACACUUACAAGGACUGAUCAUUUGUUUGCAUGCAGGUGCGCCUGUGUGUGUGUGUGUGUGUGUGUGUGUGUGAGUGGUCAGGGUUAGCGUGUCAUGCUCUGCUCUCGCAGCAGGUGUGCAUGUGUGUGUGUAUGUGUGUGUGUGUGUGUGUCUGGGCAAUUGAGUUUGAGUGUGUGCAGACGCAUCUGUCUGGGGGGGUGGGAUUUUACCUUUUUAAGAUCUGUUGUAUAUCAGACAAAACUCCUGAGGGCUUUAGCAGGUUAAAAUAAGGUUACUGUAUAUGCUUCCAUGCUUACUUCUUACAAGCAAUGCUGUUGUUUAUCUUCCGUUCGUUGUCGUCGUCCCUUGCUGUUUGUUUGUUUGUUGUUGCAUGGAAGCUUGUGGACCUCUGCUCAGUAGCAGCAUGCUGAAGGUCCUUUUUUUUUCUGGUCUUACGUGUUCCUGACCAAGAGAGAACACUAGUGAGCCAAUAGUGUCAUACCACAACACUAGUGAACCAAUGUGAGGGUGUUAGAACACUACUGGACCAAUAGUAUUGCACCAGAACAUGAUUGGACCAAUAGUAUUGCACCAGAACAUGAUUGGACCAAUGGUGUUGGACCAGAACUUUGGUGAACCAAUAGGAGCACAGACUAACUUAAUAUUUUGGUUCCUGCUGUGGACAAACUAGAAAUGCACUAAAUAAACUCUUU